AUGGAUUCUUGGAGCUACGGUGGAAGCGUUUUCCUGGCUAAUGAAACUCUUCUACACUCUGAUUCUUUCGCUGAGAAUCGAAAAGCCAUGGCUGGAUUUGAACAAGGACUCUGUAACGAGUUAGAGACUGAUGAUGAUGUGUUGUUGAUGUCUCAUAUGGCUGGUAAAUCCAAUGGAGCUAUGGCUACUUCUUCGAGUUUGCUGUCCUCUAGUGUAGCCACUCAAGAAUUGACUAGGAUAGAUUUCAAAGUUAGGAGCUUUCUGGAUUAUGGGAACAACAAUGAUACAUCAUCCUCUAAAAAGCCUCGAGCUUUAAGCUCGGAGAGACCCUUGUGUCAAGUGUAUGGUUGCAAUAUGGAUCUGAGCCAUUCAAAAGAUUACCACAAAAGGCAUAGAGUCUGCGAUGCUCAUUCGAAGACCUCCGUUGUUAUAGUUAGCGGUAUUGAACAGAGAUUCUGUCAACAAUGCAGCAGGUUUCAUUUCCUCUCGGAGUUUGAUGAUGGCAAGAGAAGCUGUAGAAGGCGUUUAGCUGGUCACAAUGAGAGAAGAAGGAAGCCUUCUUUCUAUUUCCUACCGAGUAAGCCGCAUAAGCUUCUUCGCACGUCUCAAGGCAACAAGUUUCUUGAAGAUUCAUCAGUGGAUGACUUCUCGUUGGUCUUGCCAGAAGCUUUUUCCGGUGGUGUCUUGUACAGAGUAAUGGAUGAGCACAACCACCACCACCACCACCGUGCAAGUAGGCUCGUGAGUUUCAAAGAUGAACCUACACGGUCUACUUGUGCUCUCUCUCUUCUGUCAGCUCAGUCCCAAGAACAUUUCUCCGCAAUGCCAAACGCUAGUUUCUCGAUCACUCAGCCAAACCAAAAUCUUGAUCACUCAAGAAUGGACUAUCAUCAUCAUCAAGUGCAGCCGUCGUGGACCGGUCUAGGCAAGAAUGGAUCUAGUUCGUGUAACGGAAAAGGAUCAUCUACGGUUGAUCUAGUGCAGUUGUCGUCACAUCUUCAAAGAAUAGAGCAGCAGAGGAAUGUGAGUGAUGAGGUUAAGCAGGAAUAUAAUGAGCUUUAUUUCCCCGGUUAA